AUUACGCACCACAUGGAUGUUUUGGUUCAAACUAAGCAUAUAUGAGUAAGCUCAAAAAUCAAGAUCAUUGUUCAGUGGUGAUCCUCUUCUGAAUUCUUUCUGCACUUUCAAGACAUCAAGCAUAGCAUAACCUUUGUUUCUUGUCAGUACUCAAACUCACUGAAAUCCAAGUCAGAGUCAAGUCUCACUUCCCAAAGUUCUUCACCCUUUUGGCCUUUUCUCAUUUGGAAAUGGUUGAGCUCAACACCACCAAGAUGAAAACGUGGAUGUUUUCACACUGAUCUUCCACCCCUUUAACCCUUUCAACCCUUUUCCCUUGCCUAAUGGAAGUUAUGUCCAACACCAUCACCAAACAGACCACAGUAACACCUUCUCAAGGCACCAUCCACUUCCAAAAGCUUUCUUUCUGGUUUGCUCCUCGAACUCGUCCACCCGGUUAACUUCUUUCUUCUCUUUCUCUUGUGCCUCCACUCCCCUAAAAAGGGUUUUAACAAAAACGGCUCAUGAUCACAGUUUUGGUCCAAAAAUCAAGCUUUUUAGAGUUUCCCUGAUCGUAAUUUUCCUAACCACUGCAAUUCUAUCUGCAUAGACUGUGUUUGUCUGCAAUUUAAAACCUUUAAUAUUAUGGUUCACUCCUUCUAUGAGAAAAGCUCUCCUUCUGGCUCUGAUAUUUCGGGGUUGUUCAAUCCCACUUUGCAAAGUGUUGGAGCUUCCAAUGGUGAAGUUGCGAAGGGUGGCUUGUCAUCGUCACAUUCUUUAGUUUAUGAGAGUGAGAAGGGAGAGCUGGUGAAGUGCUCUUCAGCUGCAAAGGUAGGGAAGAAUGAGAUUUGUGAAGCCAAAGCUUUGGCUGCUUUGAAGAAUCACAGUGAAGCAGAGAGAAGAAGGAGGGAGAGAAUAAACGGUCAUCUUGCAACACUACGUGGCCUUGUACCAUCCACUGAAAAGAUGGAUAAAGCCACUUUAUUGGCUGAAGUGAUAAAGCAAGUGAAGGAAUUGAAAAAAACUGCAGUAGAAGCAAGCAAGGGUUUUCCAAUCCCAAUGGAUGCUGAUGAAGUGAAAGUUGAACCAUGUGAAGGAUCCAUGUCUUACAGUGCAAAUAUUUGCUGUGAUUUUCGACCUGAAAUAAUAUCUGACCUAAGACAAACCCUUGAUUCUCUUCCACUGCAUCUAGAGAAGGCAGAAAUUUCAACUUUGGCAGGAAGAAUGAAGAAUGUAUUCGUCUUCACAUGUUGCAAAGGGAACAUUGAUAUUCAUACUGAAGCAUGCCAAGCUCUUGCAAGAACUGUUCAUCAGGCCCUGUGUUCUGUACUGGAAAAGGCUUCUGCCUCACUUGAGUUCUCACCCAGAACAUCUCAUGCUAACAAGAGGAGAAGACUGUGCUUUAUUGAAACAUCCACUUCCUCAUGCAACCAUGGAUCUUGUUCGUGUUGAUGUCAACAAUUUCAUGUGUUAUGUUCUUUAUUUCAUGUGUUACAAAGUGUGGCAUUAGUAGCAUCACACUUCACUGUAUGUUGUCAAACAUAUUUUCUAUUACUGGGUCAAUCUCAUUAAGUGAUAAAUGAGAUUCAUU